CUCCCUUACUCGUUUUAACGGAUUUUCCCAAUAAGGUGGGCGUCGCCUUCGCUGCAGCGCUUGAAAGUAAAUGUCGAUCUGUGUACCGCAUCAAUAACCAACCUGCUGUCAACACAUCAGCUAUAUCUAGUAGAAUCUGAAGCUCCAGAACACCAACUGACUACUAUGUCUGGAGGAGAUGAACCAGUUCCCGCCAUUGUGGUAGACAAUGGUUCAGACUCUUGCAAAGUUGGGUUGGCGAGAGAAGAUCUGCCUGCUUCAGUGUUUCCCAGCACCGUAGCACGAGAUGCUAACAAGGUCAGCUUUGUCGGACAGAAAGCUAUAGACAGAAUUUCAGACUUAGAACUCCACUAUCCUAUUAAAAGAGGCUUGAUCACUAAUUGGGACGACAUGGAAGUUCUUUGGGCCUAUAUGUUUAAGGAUGUUUUGUCAGUUGAUCCAUCAAAACAUCCAGUAUUGAUGUCCGAAGCCCUCAACAACUCAUCAUUCAAUCGAGAGAAAACAGCCCAGAUCUUAUUUGAGAAAUUUCAGAUUCCAUCUUUGUUUAUGACCAAUCAGGCUGUGCUGAGUUUGUACCACGCUGGUCGUGUCACAGGUACCAUUGUGGACAUUGGUGCUGGGGCCACAUCUGUGGUGCCCAUCUAUGAAGGCUUCAACAUUGGGGAGGCAUCUGUCAAGGUCGAUCUGGCUGGAUCUGAUAUCACAGAGUACCUUAUACGACUAUUAGCAGACAAAGGGCACAAUUUGAUAUCGCCACCCAAUAAACUGAUAGCCAAGAAAAUAAAAGAGACUUUAUGCUUGGUCUCUCAGAAAGAACAAGCGUCUUCUGCUCCUAGCACUUUUGAACUUCCGGAUAAAACCGUGAUAACUCUUGAUACAGAGAGAUACAAGAGUACGGAGAUUCUGUUUGACCCGGAACUAUCGGGUCGCGGUGACAUCAAGGGUGUCCACAAGCUGGUCAACGGUGCCAUCUCAUCAUGUGACAUGAAUGUCAGGAAGCCUCUCUACACCAACAUUCUACUCAGUGGCGGCACCUCCCUGUUUGAAGGACUGGCUAGCAGACUGCAGCAAGAGUUGACUUCUCUAAGCCCACAAAAUCCACAGGCCAAAGUUCACGCCAGGAGAGAUCGCCACCUAGCGGCUUGGAUUGGAGGCUCGGUGUUUGCGGCUCUACCAACGUUUCAACAGUUGCAGAUAACAAAGAAGGAGUACCAAGAAGCAGGUCCAUCAAUCAUCAAAAGAAAAUGGCCGUAAUUAAACAAAACUAAAAAGUGUGCCUUGGUACUUAAUACCAAUGAAACAAAUAAUCUGUGAUGAAUUAUUUCAACAAGAGGUACAGAAAAUAUAUGUUUUCAGUGUUGGAGAACAUUAAAAACAACUAACAUUUUGACCAUUGUAAUCUGAGACAUUGUGACACUUUUUGUUAUUGUCAAUGUUAAAUAGAUCAAUAUAAAAGUUAAAUGCAUAAUAGCUUAAUUUUAAUGAUCUCUCUCUCUUUUUAAAAGGAAAUUAAUUCUUGAAUUUAUAAAAUAAAAUAUAAAAAGGAGGGAACACAGUGCUUUAUAUUCAUUCAAAUGUUUUACUCAGUUAAUCAAGUAGAAUUCAUUCUUUCAUAAUUGUAAGAUUUUUCUAUAUACUUUGUUUAUAAUUGUUAUUUCUUGACUAUAACUUUUGAUUUUGUUAUUACUCUAGUCUAGACAAUCUCUUAAAUUCAUGUUUUAUUAACAUAUUUUUUGUACAAUAAAAUACCUUUUUUCUUUA